UCCACUCGAUUUAUUUUGUUACAGGUGGCGCCAUCUUUUAAAUUUUGUUAAAAAUAGCAAGCUAGAGGUGCACUUUUAUUUUUCUGACAGUUACAGCAAUGUUCGUGUAGUGUGCAAGUCGCAGCAAACAAAACAUUGGCUUUUAAGAUGGUACGUAACUACGUAAAGAAAAAACCCGAGCCUUCGUGGUCAGAAGAAGGUAUGACCAGGGCACUGGAAAUGAUCAACAGAAACGAAAUUUCAGUUCGACAAGCAGCUCAACGUUUUAAGAUACCUAAGACCUGUAUUUUGCGCCGAAAAAAUAAUGAAAUGAUGCCAAAGACACCAAGAAAUGAUCAUUUCAAGCAAGUGUUUACUGACCAACAAGAAACUGAACUAGUGGAUCAUAUUCUAGACCUAGAAAAGCGAUUUUAUGGAAUAACCCCUCUCCAUGCUCGUCGAUUCGCGUUUGAGCUGGCAGAAAAUAUGGGCUUGAAACAUCCAUUUAAUAAGAAUGCGAAAUUAGCCGGUAGUGACUGGCUGGCGGGGUUUAAAAAACGAAAUCCUCAACUUUCUAUUAGAGCUCCCGAAGCCACAAGCAUAGCACGAGCUGCAGGAUUUAAUAAACCCCAAGUUCAAAAGUUUUUUGACGUUGUACGAUCAGUUUUAGAGAAGAGUAAUAUUCAACCAGAUCAGAUAUAUAACAUUGAUGAGACUGGGAUUAAUUCAGUGCCCGUACCCAGAAAAAUUCUAGCUAAAAAAGGAAAAAAGCAGGUUGGGCGGAUAGUGAGCACUGAACGUGGGUUUAAUGUAACUGCAGUUUGUGGGAUUUCAGCUACAGGAUCUUACGUCCCUCCGUUUUUCCUUUUUCCCCGACAGCGAAUGAACCCAUUAUUUAUGAAAGGAUGUUCGCCAGGUGCAAAUGGCUAUGCAAAUGGUUCUGGAUGGAUGGAUUCCGAUCAUUUCGUCAAGUAUUUAGAUCACUUUAUUAACCAUGUGAAACCCGGUCCCGAUAAGAAAAUAUUAUUAAUCCUUGACAAUCAUAAUAGUCAUAGGACGCUUGCCGCAAUACCUUUGAAUAAAGCAAGAGAAAGUAAUAUUAUAAUGGUCUCUCUCCCUCCCCACACCAGUCAUCGCCUGCAACCCCUUGACUGCACUGUGUCUGGGUCUUUAAAACAUCAGUAUGCAAAGAAGUGUGACUUAUGGCACACUAAUAACCCUGGAUCUCGUGUAUCAUUAUAUGAUAUCGUAGAAAUAUUUUCAAAGGCUUUUCUUCAUGCUGCCACCUUGGAAAAAGCCAUAAAGGGUUUUCAAACGACAGGAAUUUAUCCAUUCAAUAAUGGAAUAUUUCCUGACGAAUGUUUUCUGCCCGCUGAAGUUACAGACGUCCCGGUACAGCAAGAAACCGAGAGGCCGAUCGCUGCCGAAAAUGUUUCAGAUGAGCAUGAUCACCAACCUGAACCUCAAAACGUAUUCAAAGAACCACAACCGAGCUGCAGUUACACUUCCUUCAAAAAUGCUAUCCUAAAAAUUUCUCCAAAGCCAAAGUCAGAUGCCCGUAAAAACAAAACUCAAAACCCACAGAAGGUAAGCAGAGCUCAGCAUGCUGAAGAAUUAACAAGUUCCCCAUUCAAGGACCAGCUUAUGGCCAAAGAAGCAGAAAAAAAACAAAAUACCAAAAGUGUAAAAAGAAAACUUACUAAAAAUGUAGAAGAAAAGUCCAAUAUUAAAAAAAAGAAAACCAUGCAAAAAAAAGUGGUGGAGGUUUCAAGUAGCGAUAGUGAAGAAGAAGACACUAACACUAUAUGCAUUUAUUGUCCCAGUAGGUAUGGCGAAUCACGGACAGGGGAGGGAUGGAUUCAAUGUCAAAAUUGCAAAGGUUGGGCACAUGACGUUUGCGCAGGAGUGUCAGAGGACGAUGCAGAAUUUAUUUGUUUGAAAUGUUCUUAAAUAUAUUAUUAAGAAUAAUAUUUUUUGUUAGCUGUUAAGCUGCUAUAAACUAUUUUUGCAACCUAUCAGUCUUUUUGUGAAAAUCCUAUUCAAAUAUUGUUUAUUCAAUGCAUGAUCCCAACACACCCUACUAGGACCUCUGUGCCCCAGCACUAGGUCCUCUGUGCCCCCUAGCAAUGGGGCACAGAGGACCAGCGCAGAAUAUUAAAAAAACUAUUGUAAAUAAUAAUUCAUUUUGUUUAAAAUAUUUUUUUGGUCUUAAAUGAAUAAAGUAACCACUAAACUUGACACAAAUAGGUUU